AUGUCGUUCACACGCAUCUCUGUGAAUUCUUAUCGGCCUCGUGUUACCCACGUACGUCCAAGUGACAUUCCAUCGACUUUUAAGAGCAGCAACAACAGUAAUCCUGCUUUUGCAUCGCCAAGGAGCACACAAAUGAAACCUAUACAACGUAAUAGAUAUGGAGACACCGAAGAUCCAUGGAAGGGAACUAUGAGAAACUCAAAUGUCAAAAAAACAUUCCAGAUGAAAUGUUCUUACGGUCAACUUGCGUGUUGCUUUUGCUUGGCCAUCACUCUUGCUCUUUUAGUGAGUACAGUCAUUGGUACUGUACUUGCUAUUGUCUUACCACAUACAACCACCCUAUCAACAACAGCCACGACUGCUACAACAACAACAGCAACAAAAUCUAGUGGGCGAUCAGAUUUGAUGCUCUGUCUAACUAGAACAAGCGCAGGUCUUUAUUUUCAACUUCAACAACGACAACAAGUGUCACUACCAGCACCACUUCAACCUCGUCAACAAGUUCAACAUCAACAUCAACCACAACGUCAUCCACUUCAACCUCGACAACAAGUACUUCGACCUCCAGUUCGACCUCAUCAACAAGUGCCACAACCAGCACGACCUCGUCAACAAGUACUUCAACAACAAGUAUGGAUGCAAACAUAUUUUGAAUAUAUGAUUGAAGAUCUGAGCAUCGAUCGUGAUCGAACUUGGCGGAAUUUAAUGAUUUUGCUGAGAGUUGUCAGAGU